AACACAACGCCCAUCGGAAAAUUGUAUGGUUAUGUUGAAAGUAAUUUGCAAUCUGCCUAUUCGCUUUCAAAUUUAAAAUAAAUACCUGCUACAUAAAUAUUCCUGGAGUAGUCCUGAAACAGUAUUUGAGUUGUAGAUUCAAAAAACAAAAUGUUUGCUGGUUUUCGGCCUUCUGAGACGGAUGUGACGACCGAUGGCGACCACGCCGCUGCGGUUGAGAAUGGGCAUUUCUUGCUAGACGCCUAUCUGAUAAGCCGCGUCAUCAUGGAUAUCUUGAAAGAAGAUUCCGUUUUCAAGAAUUAUCUAAGCGAGCUGCCGGAUCCAGCUUCCUUCAUGCACGGACUAUGCAUGGAUUUGCCAUUGCACAUUGAGAUCUUAUUGCCCAUUCGACUGCCCAUUGGGCUGGCCGCCAUCUUCGAUGAGGAGCAGCGUACUGUGCAGCUGAAGAAGCUCAACCGCGACCUGGAAUCUCCCUUCUUCUUGGCUAACAUGCUGAAUUCCAAGUGCAUAAACAUUCUGCUGGAGCAGGAGCUGCAGCGGGCCAUCGCCUCCUUGGGCUAUAUAUAUUCGGUCGUGAACAGUUCUGUGGUGUACAACUUGAGCUACAGGGCGCACAACCGCUGCAGUGCGCCGGUCAUGCACGAGGUACUGGCCGUGCAGCGUGGCACUAACGGGCGCCGACGCCUGCGCUUUGACUUUAUCCUGGCGGUACUGUUCGAGUGGCCGGUGCUGCCCCUGCCACGCUACUAUAAUUGCCCCACAAACUGCACGUGGGUCGCCUAUGGCACGGUCGCUGUCGAUCACAACAGCAACCCGGCCGAUUGGAACGUGGUAGUGCCCAAGUGGACCUCAAGGCCGGUCACACCCGCUAGGCAGUGCCGCAGAGUACUGCUCCUUACGCACCGCAUGCUAUGCGCCCAGCCGGCGCACAGCUGUGCCAUUUUGGGCUCCCGGAAUGGGAACUUGGCCCCAAUUAUCCGGGAAAUCGACCUCUUGGGGUACAACCGCACGAGCACUGUACAGUUAAUUCUGAUGAUUAUGAACACAUUGGUGGAAAAAAACAUAUUCCGUCCGGAUUACCCAACCAAUGUGAGCGCUGCAAUGCUCCAAGCGAGCCAGCAGCGUAUGCGUCUCGAGGGGCUCAUCCGAAUACUGGAAAAUCUCCGAGAUGCGACUCCCGGUGAAAUUACCUAUGGAUACUACAGAUACAUCUAUAUCCUGCCGGCGCCCGUGCGUCACGGCAGACUAUCCGUGCAACCGAUACAACCCAAUACCAUGGCACCAAACCUAUUCUCCCACACAAAAUACCGGCGAAAUAGCAUUUAGAGUUAUGUAGUGCUUCAGCCUUUGAAAACUCAAUUGACCAACAGAAAAUGGAGAAGGGUUUUGAGAGGGCUGCCUCCCUUUGAGGGCUUCCCUUGUUAUUUUUUAGCUCCUUGUGUGAAAUUUGAGUUGAAACGUUUAACUUGGCCAACAUAAGUUGCCGUCAUAGUCUUAGUCUCGAAUCUCAGUAAUUGUGCAACUUAAACGCCCACAAAAAAAGGGACAACAACAGGCACAGAAAAUGGACAAAACCUGAGACAAAAGUUAAUAAAAACCAACUAAAAACUAAAGCUCUA